UCCUGACGUAGUUCUGUUAGGGAUGAAAGGUCAGAGGGAAGAGCAACAUGGCUGCUUGCAAGAGUGUUUCAAAAAUGAAUUCUACUGUACGGUGUUUGAAUGGAUGUUGUAAAUGCGUAGUAGCUGCACCUUCUCAUCCUAGGUUCUUUCAGGUAGCACUGUCCAGAUGUGUAAGCACUGAUGGUGGAAAUGGAGACCCACCAAAAUUUCAGCCCCCUCCUAAGCCUGUGAUGAUUGACAAGAGCAAGACUGAGGCAUCUCACAGAAGAUUCCUUAGCCCAGAGUUCAUUCCACCCAGACAGAGGACUAAUCCAUUUAAAUUUGCCAUUGAAAGGAAAGAUAUGAUUCAGAGAAGAAAAAUCAUUGAUAUCCCUGAAUUCUAUGUAGGGAGUGUACUUGCUGUAGUUAUGGCAGAUGUUUAUGCUAGUGGAAAAAGCAAUCGUUUUGUUGGAAUUUGCACUCAGCGAUCAGGAAAAGGUCUUGGCGCCACUUUUGUGCUCCGGAAUAUUAUAGAUGGACAAGGAGUUGAAAUUUGUUAUGAUCUCUACAGCCCCCGAAUCCAGCAAAUCGAGGUACUGAAGUUCGAAAAACGAUUGGAUGAUAAUUUGAUGUACCUGCGAGAUGCAUUGCCCGAGUACAGCACAUUUGAUUUUGAUAUGAAAGCCAUGCCUCCUCCUCCUCCAGGGGCUGAGGUGCCUAUUAAUCAGCAAAAAGUUAAAAUGAAGCCCAGACCAUGGUCAAAACGUUGGGAGCGCUCAAGGUUCAAUAUUAAAGGCAUACAGUUUGAACUUUACUUUACUGAAGAGGAGCUGACUCAUGCAAAGAAGUGGGAUACACCUUGGGUGGAAUAUGAUAUGUUAAAGGAAUACGACACAUCAAAUGUAGAAAAGCACAUUUGGACAGAAGUACAACGAGAGCUGAGCAAAUAAAGGCAAAGGUCUUAUAGUGAACUGGAAAUAAAAUAAAACCAAAGCAAAUGCAUAAGUUUCACAAGGAUAUGAACUGUCUUCACAGCAGAUUGUAAGAAAAGAAUUGUACCUUGUUUGUAAAUAAUUUGUCCGAUGUGUUGAAUGGUAAAGAAAAUUUCCAUAUUUA